AGAAGAAGAAAGGCAGGAGAGAAGAAAGGAAGGAAGAAAAGGAUAAGUCAAGCAAAGAUAUUGAGGAGCAAUUCAUUCAUCCAUCUGUCUAUCUAUCCAUCCAUUCCUUCCUCCGACAAACAUCUACUGAGUUCCUAUCAAGCACCAUUCUUGGACUAAGGAUAUAACAGUUAACAAGCGGAAGCUACCAGCAGCUGACCCUCAACAUUUCCAGGAUGAUCCCCAAGGAGCAGAAGGGGCCAGUGAUGGCUGCCAUGGGGGACCUCACUGAACCAGUCCCUACGCUGGACCUGGGCAAGAAGCUGAGCGUGCCCCAGGACCUGAUGAUGGAGGAGCUGUCACUACGCAACAACAGAGGGUCCCUCCUCUUCCAGAAGAGGCAGCGCCGUGUGCAGAAGUUCACUUUCGAGUUAGCAGCCAGCCAGCAGGCGAUGCUGGCCGGCAGCGCCAGGAGGAAGGUGACUGGAACAGCGGAGUCGGGGACGGUUGCCAAUGCCAAUGGCCCUGAGGGACCGAACUACCGCUCGGAGCCCCACAUCUUCCCGGCCUCACCCGGGGCCUCACUCGGGGGUCCCGAGGGCGCCCACCCUGCAGCCGCCCCUGCUGGGUGCGUCCCCAGCCCCAGUGCCCUGGCGCCAGGUGAGUGGCCUCCUCGGGUCCCGGGACCAGGGCUGGGGGGCCUGAAGCAUGGGUGUGCUCCCCAUGGGGCAGGAAGAGCACCCAGAAGGCUAGUCCGCCCCCUUCCCCAACACACACGCGCACGCGCGCACGCGCGCACUCCCCUCGCCAGACCACGAGCCGGAGGGGCGCCGCGCCCCAGGUCACACAGCGAGUCAGCCAAGGCCAAGACCAACCCGCGCUGCGAACUCGUGGCUUCCUCACUGCAGUCCUCCGUGUUUCCUGGGAUGGGGAGGGGUCUCCUGUGCUGGAGCAACUGUGGCAUCCCAUUCCCGCACUCCUCUCCCCUAACUCCGAUCUUCCCUCCUCCAACCGCGUCCGCGGAAUGGGGGUGGGGCGAGGUGGGGUUGGGGGCUGAGGGUGGAAGAACGGAGGCGCCCCCCUUCCCCCCCCCCGCCCCUAGGCUAUGCGGAGCCGCUGAAGGGCGUCCCGCCAGAGAAGUUCAACCACACCGCCAUCCCCAAGGGCUACCGCUGCCCCUGGCAGGAGUUCGUCAGCUACCGGGACUACCAGAGCGAUGGCCGAAGUCACACCCCCAGCCCCAACGACUACCGAAAUUUCAACAAGACCCCGGUGCCAUUUGGAGGACCCCUCGUGGGGGGCACUUUUCCCAGGCCAGGCACCCCCUUCAUCCCGGAGCCCCUCAGUGGCUUGGAACUCCUCCGUCUCAGACCCAGCUUCAACAGAGUGGCCCAGGGCUGGGUCCGUAACCUCCCAGAGUCCGAGGAGCUGUAGCCCUAGCCUGAAGCUUCAGUUCCCCAGUCUUGGGGGCCUGGUAACAUCCGGAGCCAAGACUUGUGGACAGCACUUCACAGUUUAAGAAGGGCCUUCACACACAAAACCUGAUUGCAAAUGGCUUCAGAGGUCACAAAGUUCAGUAGUCCCAAAACAUGGGUGUGCUUCAAAAUUACCUGGGGAUGUUGUUCCAAAUACAGAUAACUGGACUGUCCCAGACUUGCAGCAUCAGAGUCUCCUGAGUCGAGGAAUCUGUAUUAUUAAUAGCAACCAGGGCCGGGUGUAGUGGCUCACGCCUGUAAUCCCAGCACUUUGGGAGGCCAAGGCAGGAAGAUCACCUGAGGUCAGGAGUUUGAGACCAGUCUGGCCAAAAUAGUAGAACCCCAUCACUACUAAAAAUACAAAAAUUAGUCAGACAUGGUGGUGCAUGCCUGUAAUCCCGCUACUUGGGAGGCUGGACAGGAGAAUCACUUGAACUAGGAGGCAGAGGUUGCAGUGAGCCGAGAUUGCACCACUGCAUUCCAGCCUGGACAACAGAGUGAGACUCCUUCUCGAAAGUAAAUAAAUAAAUAGCAACCAGUACUCCAGGUGAUUCCAGCAUAACUUAUCCAUGGUUUGUGUCAUUAGGAGUCCACAUCCACACCUCUGCUCUUUCCUGUUCCUGCAGUGUACACUCCCCCGGUGACAGGGUGCUCACUGGCACCCCAUCUUCCUGUGAAUAACUCAAAUAAUUAGAAAAUGUUCCUUUUACUGAGAUGCAGUUGGUCUUCAUAUAUUCAUGCUCUAAACACUUCCUAAGUGCUGACUGUGCACUAGACACUGCCAGGCCCGGGCCUCGAGGAGGAAAAGACAGUAGGGAAGACAGAUUUAUAGAGCAUGAAGUCACCAUAAUUUUCCCUAAAGCAUGCUUAUUGACAAUUGAGGAAAAAAGUGUUGUGGAGCAGAGGAAGGAGUCCCUCACCCUAGGUGUGAGAUGGGAUUCUGGAAGCUUCCUGAAGGAUUUGAGUGGGACCUUGUGGGAGGCGUGAGAGUCCAUGAAGAGAAGCAGGUGUGAGGGGGAGGGUAUUUCUGGAAAGUGGACAAGCAUGUGCAAAAAUAUGGAACGGAGCACAGGUGCAGGGUGUUCUGCAGAAGGGAGAAGGCUGUGCUAGAGGAGCCAGUGAGGGCCAGCAUGGGGUGGGCUUCACUAAGGAGAUGGGGAAGGUUUUAGUGAUGGGUCUUGCUGGGUGUUGUGUGGGGCGCAUAUUGGAGAAGGGUAAUGCCAGAAGCCAGGAAGCCUGCAAGGGAUGAGGCCAUGGGAAUGGAGAGAAGGGUCCACCCGCUGAGCACCUAACAGGACAGGUGCAAAGUGGGGUGCUUAUUAAGAUUCCUUCUUUCCACUGUCCAUUUUGAGCAGACUGCUUAAAAUGGUGGUGAUGAUGAUGAUGGCAGCUUUGUAUUGAGUGCCUCAGUGCUUGGGCUGGUAGUAGUUUCUCUACAUAUCUUAUUUCUAAUUCUCAGAACAACCCUGAGAGAAAGAUAUUGUUGUCCCCACUUUACAGAUGUGGAUAUUUAGGCCAAAAGGAGGAAGUGACUUGUCCAGGGGCAGAGACCAAAUGGGAAUCUGAUUCCAGUGGAUGUCUCUUUUCACUGCACUGGGUGGUCAAUGCCCACUCGCUCUGAAAUCAUCUGACUGUGAUGCCCUGCCUUGCAAUUUAGAAGUUGAGUGCAGGCUUGGGAGUCAGACUGGAUGGGGUAGGUUCUAACUCUGCCACUGCUAGCCGGAUGAACUUGAGCAAGUCAUUUCACAUCUCCGAGCCUCUAUUUCUCCAAGUGUAAGAUGAGGACAAGUAUAAAAGCUCCUUUAUGGGUUUGUUGUGAACACAGUGCAGGGCACGUUUAUAAUAAGAGCUAAGUCAAUGGUAGGUUUCAUGCAACUGCUGCUCUAGGCUGGAAAAGUUGUUCUUGCACUGGAUGCAGCAUGAGAAGCUGGCUGCUAAGAUGUCACUGGGGGUCAGUAAAGCUGAAGCCUGAAGGAAAGCCUCUCAUUGCUGUAGAGCUCUCCCUGCCUCUCUCUCUGGGGGCAAUGGGGAAGGUCAGGAGUCCAGCCCAUUCCCAGGGCUUGUGGGAUAGUGAUUGCAUUUUCCUUUUGCUCUGGAGUUUCACUCUCCUUCUGGGUCCCAAGGGCCCAAUGGCCUGACUUAGAAUUGCUUGCAAUUGGUGUUUUCUCUUGAAUUUGGGGGCUGCCAUUUAAAGUCAGGUUUCCAUGAGCUGAAGACCAGCCAUUCAAGAGUCUGAAAAGUAGACAAGAGGACUCCAAUUGCCUUGGGUUAGUUCUGCUGUGCUCUGGAAGGUAACUGCAGCCACCGGGUAUGAAAAGGAGCCUGGUGGGGAGACCACUGCACCCAAAACAAAUCCUUUCUUCUUCUGAGAAUGUGACUUUUUCUGGUGUUGUAAAAAAGAAAAAAAAAAGAAUGCUCAUUGUAAAAAUAAAAAAAAAAUAAUAAUAAGCAAGGAGUAAAAUGUGAAGUGUCUGCCCACAUAGUCCUCCCACAUACAUAUGUACACCUUCCUAUCUCUGCCAUUCCUACACACCAGAGGUAACCACUGAUGAGAAUUUGGUCCUUCUAGAAUUGUAGAAUUAUUUGAAUGGAUAAAUAUGUGCAUGUGUAUAUAGAUGCAUACCCACAUAGGCAUGUCUUUGUUUUAAUGGAAUCAUACUAUAUGGAUUGUUCUGUAUCAUGCUGCUUUAUUUAAGAAGUAAAAUUUGGUUCCUGAAAAAGCAAAUCACUCACCUUUCAUGUAAUUUGAGAUUACAUGGAAUAAAUUAUAAGAAAUCCUUCAUAUAGGCUGGGCGUGGUGGCUAACCCCUGUAAUCCCAGCACUUUGAGAGGCCAAGGUGGGCAGAUCACUUGAGGUCAGGAGUUCGAGACCAGCCUGGCUAACAUGGUGAAACCCCAUCUCUAGUAAAAAUACAAGAAUUAGCCAGGCAUGGUGGUGUGCGCCUGUAAUCCCAGCUACUCGGGAGGCUGAGGCAUGAGAAUCGCUUGAACCCAGGAGGCGGAGGUUGCAGUAAGCUGAGAUUGCACCACUGCACUCAGCCUGAGCGACAGAGCAGGACUCCAUCUAAAAAUAAAUAAAUAAAUAAAUAUGAAAAGAAAUCCUUCAUAUAAAAUUCUAUAUUUUUGCCUGUUUUUGUUCUUCCCAUAAAUUAAAUCAUACAGUGAUAUGGAAAUGAAAAGGACUAAGAAUAGCCAAAACGCGGAGAAACGUGGCAUUAGACAUAGCAACAACGAACUAUAGUUUCAUGCAACAAU